AUGAAUCCCUUUCCACUGGAACCCUACCGUUCCGCACGCCUCCUCUACCGUGCACCCGAGGACAGCCCAAAAGAUGAUGUAUUCUUCCAAACUCUCUCCGCUGACCCCUCAAUCGGGUCUAUGACCUCACGCGCCCUACAACGGCCGCUCAGUACUAACGAACGGAAGGAGAUGCGGGCCAAGGCUGAGGCUACGCUAUUCCUGUCGGUCAUGAUAUGCAUCAUCCCAGAUGAAGGCUCAGAUAAGGAUCCCGAGACAAUUGGCGUGAUCCAUUUGAAAGGGCAAGCUUCUGUUGCCGCACAUAAUCGCACACACGAAUUAGGGAUUAUUAUUGCGCGCCAGUACCAGGACAAGGGAUAUGGGCCUGAGGCUAUAUCGUGGAUGCUAGAUUGGUCUUUUUUGACUGCCGGGCUGCACCGCGUUGAGCUGACGGUCUAUGAAUGGAACGAGAGGGCACAAACUGUGUACCAAAAGCUUGGAUUUGUUUCCGAGGGACGUAGGAGGGAGUGUUUGUGGAAGGGUGGGAGGUGGUGGGAUAGUAUCCAUAUGGGAAUUCUGGCGCAUGAGUGGGAGGCGAAGAAGAAGGCUGCUGAUUUCUGA